UUGAUAAUAGAGAUUGGUGGGUCUCGCAACUCAUUUCGAUAUUUAUGCGUGCCUGUCAAGCAAAUUCAUGAGUCAGCGGAUUCUUACUCACGCACAUAGCGAACGUUUCCUUAUUGUCGAGUGGAGUGGGAACUCAUAUUGUCAAUGUGUCGCUAAAAAAGUUGACAAUGUGGAUUCUCGCUGGUUUAUUACUCGUUUCUUUGGAGACCCUACUCCUCGACUUUGCUUCUGGUGGAAUAUGUCAGCCGCUCAACACAACUUUGUUCAAUAGCUGCGUACAGGCGGGUUAUUACAAUUCUUCCGCAUUUGAUUCUGGCAGACAAGGAGAAGUUGCAAGUCUUAUUUUCAACUUGCAGAAGAGGUUUAACUGCUCUUCGUUGACUAAUCUCAUGACUUGUCCGCUUUAUCUUCCAAUUUGCCAAUCGACGAAGCUACCUUGCAAAAGUACGUGCAAGAAGUUUCUCUCUGACUGUAGGAACGUGUCAAGCGAAAACGAUGGAUUAAAAGCAUUAUUCCGCGGCCUUUGCGGGGUUCUUCCGUCGACCCGAUGUACGUCACAUUCAACCCAUUCUAACGACAGUGGCACGGAUAAUUCUGAUAUCACAUGUCACAAGCUUGUUUUGAAAAAAUGUCAGAAUACGGGCUAUAAUUCUACAUCUGUUACGACUAAAUAUCAGAAGUUGGUGGAGUCAAGUACUAUCUUCAAUCAAGUCGAUAACAACUCAGCAAAGCUUCGAAAAAUUAUCUGCAUGGAGAUAGCGCCGCCAUGCGAUAAACAAAACAGCGGUAAAUUACAAGUUCCCUGUAGGUCUUUGUGCAAUGAUGCAUUUAACGAGUCACGUUCACAGUUUAUUAAAGUCUUCAAAAACCAGAAAUACUGCUCAGCUUUGCCGAAUGCAACCACGAGUAGACAAGAGUUGUGCCAACUCAAGACUUGGCCGGAUAAUGUUUAUUAUCCCAGCGGUUUGUGGAUGUCUCUUAAUAAGAAAGCGCCACAACAGAAGAAUCCAACGGCGCUAACCGCAUCAGAAACCAAAACAACUCAACUAGUCAUGCAUCAAACGUCACGAAUUUUAAACACGCUUAAAUGGUCAACUCAUGCCCUUACGUCCUCACCAAUAGCUGCCACUACCGCGCACCAGUCAACAAAAAAAAUGUCUACGCCUGCACCUUCUGCUACAGGACCCACCGGUGUUACAUCUGGAAUCAGUGGAAAUACCUCUUCACCAUCGAUUAUGAUAAUUGCGCCAACAUCAACGAUCGAGGUAACCACGCCUGAAACGUUGACCUCCAAAACCGUGUCGCCUGCGUCCACCACUGAGGCACCCAUACCUUCACCAUCGGGUAAGGCAACCACGCCUGCAACUUCUACUAAUGAAACCAUACCGGCAGCACUUAGCACUAAGGCUGCCAAACCUUCACCAUCGACCAAGGUAACCACGUCUGCAUCUCCUACAAAUAAACCCAGCUCACCUGUGCCUAGUACUGAGGAAACCACAUCUUCGCCACCAACCACGGACAAGACGUCGGCUUCGACGACAAAGGUAACCACGCCUGCAUCUCCUAUUAAUAAAUCCAGCACACCUCUGUCUAGCACUGAGAAAACCACAUCUUCGCCACCAACCACGGACAAGACGUCGGCUUCGACGACAAAGGUAACCACGCCUGCAUCUCCUACUAAUAAAUCCAGCACACCUCUGUCUAGCACUGAGAAAACCACAUCUUCGCCACCAACCACGGACAAGACGUCGGCUUCGACGACAAAGGUAACCACGCCUGCAUCUCCUACUAAUAAAUCCAGCACACCUCUGUCUAGCACUGAGAAAACCACAUCUUCGCCACCAACCACAAAGAAGACGUCGGCUUCGACGACAAAGCAAACCACGCCUGCACCUCCUACUAAUAAAUCCAGCACACCUCUGUCUAGCACUGAGAAAACCACAUCUUCGCCACCAACCACGGACAAGACGUCGGCUUCGACGACAAAUGUAACCAUGCCUUCGCCUAUUACUACGCCCACAUCAAGAACCAAAGGAACCGAAAAAGGUUCGUCCCCGAAAGUGAGCGCGAGUAAAGAUGGCAAAAUGUCAGGAGGAACUAUUGCGGGUAUUGUGGUUGGUGUGAUCGCUCUCACUAUUGCCAUUGCAGCUGGUGCUGUUUGCUUCAGAAGGCACCGUCGAGUUAAAAGCCAAUACAUGCACAGUCUUAUGGUGGAUAUGGACGAGCUGUAAGAAACUUAACGACUGAGAUGCGAGUCUUUUCUGAUCUUGCAGUCAUCACGUUUUUUGAUGCUGUUGAUUCCACCAAAAGAACAUGGUAUUUCAUGAAUACAUAGGCAAGUUAAAAUGGUCUUCGUGACAGCUUGAAGCAGAAGGAAAUUAAUUCCCUAGGUUUACAUCAGUUUGACUAGGUACAGCAAGAAUUAGUUUUCGUAAAAGAGGAAUGAGGAAGCAAAAAUGGAUUAGUUAUUCGUAGUUCCCCCCAGAUAGAAGGUUUUUUUUCCUACUCUGUUUUGUGGUUAGUUUUGUUGGUUUUCUUGAGAGCAAUUUGGUAUCUUACAUUUGUUGGUUUUGCAAUACACGCUGUGAUUAAAAUCAUUCCUUAGUUCGGAUAGUAUUAUACUUAAUGAGAAAUUACGAAAGGAUGUCUGUGUCGUCAAAUCUUGAAGUUUUAGACUUAAACUAAAUUAAAUGUCAAACGAGAUCACUUCUCAAAUAAAACACUUGUAGUGAAAGACAUUUUUGGUGAUGUCCCGCUUCAUAAAAGUCAAACCAAGCCCUGAUGGAAAAAGAAAGUCGCAGCUUGAUUGUUCGGUUCAGUACAUCGAUAGAGCGGCGGUUUAUCCCAGGGGGAGGUGUCAUGUUCAGUACAUCGAUAGAGCGGCGGUUUAUCCCAAGGGGAGGUAACAUGGUAAUUACAUUAAUAGAGCGGCAGUUUAUCUUAGGGGGAGGUAACAUGGUAGAUACAUCGAUAAAACGGUGGUUUAUCCCAGGGGGAGGUGUCAUGUUCAGUAGAUUGAUAGAGCGCCUAGGGGGAAGUGUCAUGUUUAUUACAAUGAUGGAUCGGCCAAUAAUACGGUGUAAUAAACACAUAAACACGAGCAUUUCUUACACAGCGUUGAGGAGUUAGAUAAGAUCGAGGCCGUUUUAGAAAGAAUAAACUGGAACAUUUUGAUCAAACCUCAUUAAAAACUUAUAACAGAUAUAAAACAUAAAUAAAAAGAACUAACAUCACAAAGCAAAA